AUGAUAGUGCAAUCAACAAACACUGGGGGUGAUCUAGGGGCAAACCACUUUGACAUUGCUAUGCCAGGUGGAGGAUUUGGCAUCUUCAACGGCUGCACCUCAGAGUGGGGAACGCCAUCUACUGGAUGGGGUGCACAAUACGGUGGUAUUUCAUCUCGGUCUCAGUGUGAUGCCUUCCCAGACAGGCUCAAGGCUGCAUGCUAUUGGAGAUUUGAUUGGUUUGCAAAUGCCGACAACCCAAGCGUUUCCUUCAAGCAAAUUGCUUGUCCGGCCGCUUUGACGGCGAAAUCUGGCUGCGUGAGAGCGAAUGAUGUGAUCGAUGAGACUCCUACUGGUCCUGUCAAUGUAUCGACAUGGACGAGCGGGUCAGGCAGCGUACCCACGACAUCCAAGACCACGACGACUUCGACAGCUGCUGCUGCAACAACGACUGCUGCCUCUGGAGGAGGGACUGUCCCCAUGUGGGGACAGUGUGGUGGAAUUGGAUAUAAAGGACCAACGCAGUGUGUGGCAGGAGCUACUUGCAAGUACAGCAGCGAUUAUUACUCACAGUGCUUGUAA